AUGAAAGUAGCUAGAUAGAUCUAAAGAUUUUUGAAAGUAGAAAAUUUAUCUAUUCCAAAUUAAUUGAAAUUUAUGAGAUUAAGUCUCUAAAACAACCUCCUCUUUGCUCAAUAAAAAAGAUACCUUAAUUAGAGAGUUAAUCAAAACGAAAAUUUUACUAAACAAGAAGAUCAAUAGCAAAAUCUAAGUGAAUAAUAGGAAGACCCUGAAAUAGUUAAUGAGGAUGAAGAUGAUCAAGAUGAUUAUGAAAAGAUUCUUCAACAAGAAUCAUUGGAUGUAGAUUCAAUCAAUGAAAAGAUUAGGCUAUUUUUUAGGUCAAAGCAGAGAAAUUAUGAGGACUUUGAUCUUAUUUUGCAUCAAAUUUAGAUGAACGCGAUGCAGAGUUAAGACAUUUCAGGACCGGGCUCAAGCGAAUUAUUUGAUGAAUUCAAUGAAAUAGCCAAGAUUUUCAAAGAGAGGUGUGAGAGAAAGGAUUUCGCUACAAUCAAAUAUGUGAUAUAUCUACAGUUCGGAGGAAUCGUGCUCAACAACUAAGCAAUAGUUGAUGAUCUUGUUAGAUAUGGAUUUGAUUUCCUAUAUCCCAAACUCCAAUGGAUAGAUAAAGUUAUCAGUAUGGAAUCUGCUUAAGCAAUAUCCGCCCCAUAUAUGAGUAAUAUGAUUGAUAAAAUUUGCUGUGAAAUACUGUUCUAAGAUUACAAUGAUUUCAUCGGUGAUAUUAGUCUGCCUAAUUUGAUACAGUUGAUGACUAUAUUUCACACCUAGAAGUAUUAAAGAUAAGAGCUUUGGAAUAAGUUUGAAGUAUGCUUAGCUUAUCUCUAUGAAUUAUCAAUGGAGGAAAUGGAAAAAUCAGAUUAAAAGGAACCAACAUUCACUAAAGACGACAUAUUCGUUGUUUUGAAGUUAUUAGUAGAUAGAAAAAUUGUGAAUAGUGAAAUUACUGAAGGAAUAUUUAAGGAUGUAGAAUUUGGUUUAUAAAACAAUGAGUUUAACUUGAAAGAAAUACUAUUGCUCUAAGAUUCUUAUUACAAGCUUGGAGCAUUCUAAGAUGAACAUCAGCAAGCUAUUGCUGAUUACAUAUUAGAAUAAAAAUACGUGCUUGCUGACUUUUAAGAAUUAAAACUUAAUGAGAAUCUUAGACUCUUUAGAGGACUUUUCAGUUAAAAUAAACUAACUUCUUUGAAAUACAAGUAAAUUCAUCAAAUUUAUGAAGAGAUUGUGAAGAAUAAUCAGGCAAAUUUAAACCUCAGCACCUGGUUGACUGUGAUUGAGACCUGCAGAUUUUCAGAGACUCAUUUAGAUUAAUUACUCGAAUAUGCCAAAAAAUAAUAUCUAAAAAACUAUUCUGACGAAUACUUUGAGACCUCAAGAGAUGGAGUCAGCACUUUAGAUACUUAAACAAGUCACAGAAGAUCUGAACUUUUCAAAAAGAAGCCCAAGAGUGUCUUAGUAAACAAGAGAGAAUUUGAUGUGUGA